AUGUAUUUCAGUUUGGAGCACCCACGGGUUACUUGGAUUGACAAGGAGUACUUUUUGAAUGCUGCUUUCAAAUCAAGACUCCGCAGUAGGAGCGACCCCAUCCAUUAUGUUACAUUAAACUAUACUUCGGUCAAAGUUAUGGAUAAUAAUUUUACGGUAAGCCUAUACUUCUACCAGCUGCUUUCAAAUGUGUACAAGAGAAGCUUUGUGGAUAUUCACAUGAAGUUUUGUGAUCUGAUGGAGAAGGAUGAGAUCAUCGGCGAUGCGCUCAGAUCGGGAUACUAUCGAGUACCGGAGAAAGAGCGAGUGAUGUCGGUGUGGAAAUGUCCCGCCCCACCUGGGUUAUAUAGCUAUAUCAACAUGAGGUUCCGGCUCACUGCGCUCGUGGACACCUUCCCCUUCCAGGAAGGUCGAGUGUACGUGAAUGUGACGGACAGAGGCAGACUUACGGCAAACGGAUAUAUUGACUUCCAUAUCAAAGCACUGAGAAGUUCUAAUAAUACUACAGCAUAA